AUUGUUUGCCGGUUGCUCUGCUGGUUGUUUUUCUUUCCCCCCUCCCUUGCGAGGAGGAUGGUUUUGUCCUCGCGCGGGCGGGGGUGGCGCCUAUGGGUGGCCUGCCUGCUUGGGAGCCUUUUAGCAGCAGCAGCUGAAACAGAUGAAACUACUGACUUGCUAUCUGAAAAGUUAAGUGAAACUAUCCUGCCAUUCACUGUAGAAAGCAGUUCUGAACACACAAACAGCGAUGGGCCUAAGGAACCGGUUCAGUACAGAACUGCAGAGAUUGCUGAUGCUAUGAUGGGUAGCAGCAUGCCUGCAGGUCAGCCUGUAGUACUGUCAGUUAUUCCAGGUGAGACAAAGGAGAGACAUCUCUCUGAGUCAGACACAGACACUUGUGAUGCAGCAAUUGAUGGUGAAUGCAGUACACAGGGUAUUGUUUCAACUCUAUCUCAGCCAGGAUCUCAUGCUCAAGAGCCAAUAAUAGAUCCACCUGUAAUACUUGAAGCCGUACAUCCUUCAUCAGUAGAGGACUCUAAUAACACAGACAGUAUGAAAACACCAAAAGUGAAUUGUGAGGAAAGAAACAUUACAGGAAUGACUAAUUUCACAUUACAAAUCUUGAAUAUUUCCCAGGAUUUAAUGGAAUUCUUAAAUCCAAAUGGCAGUGACUGUACCUUAGUCCUCUUCUUUACCCCUUGGUGUCGUUUCUCUGCCAAUCUGGCUCCUCAUUUUAAUUCUUUGCCACGAGCGUUCCCGACUCUUCAUUUCUUGGCGUUGGAUGCCUCUCAGCACAGCAGUUUGUCAACAAGGUUUGGAACUGUGGCUGUUCCUAACAUCCUUCUUUUUCAAGGAGCUAAGCCUAUGGCAAGAUUUAACCAUACAGAUCGUACCCUGGAAACGCUCAAAGCUUUCAUUUUUAAUCAGACAGGAAUAGAGCCCAAGGCUGAUGUGGUAGUGACUGAGGAAGAUCAAGCUGGUCCCCUGCCUAGCACACUGAGCAGAGGAAUAGAUUGGCUCCUCUUAUUUUCUUUACUGUUUCUUAUCAGUUUCAUCAUGUAUGCUACUGUUCGGACUGAGAGCAUCAGGUGGUUAAUACCUGGUCAAGAUCAGGAGCAUCAGGAAUGAUGUGCGAACAGAACUGUAUGCUUUCAGAACAUGUUAAACUAUAUAAAAUUGUUCAGUGGGUCAACUAGUUCUGACAUUUUGUGAGCCAGGACCCUACAUUGUUCAUCACAUGUUCCAAAACACAUGACAUCACUCAGCAGAAAUUAUUUAUAGUACCAAUAUGAAAUUGUAUAGAUGGAAAUGAUUAAUAAAAUGCGGCUGGACCAAUUUUGUGUGACAAAAAUAUCUACCCCUGUUGUAGGUCUCUGAUAUACUCAGAAUCUCUUUUUGGCAUGUGUGUUUAGAUCAAGACUUCUCUGUGGUUACCUGCUCUCUGGUAAAGUUAACAGAUUGCUGCUUCAUAUUGUAGAAAAUUACAAGAAAGUUUUGCCCUUGGAAGAUGACUGAAGAUGCAUAAGAUUGUAACAUGGAAACAUCAGAUGUGGGUAUAAGCUAUAGGUUUUAGAAAGCUCCCUGACUCUUCUACCUUGGUUUUUGCAUAUUGCAUGCUUGUAUAAGCUACAUUAGACCUGGACUGUAAUAAUGAACUAGGUGCUUCCCAAUGCACAUUUGUUAAUGUAAGUAGGAAAUGUAUCAGAAUUAGCCCUUUUGUCAGGUGUCUACCUGUAUAUAGGUAAGUUCUUGAACCCAUGUUUAAACAUAUAAUGUCAUUUCCUGACACUGUCACACUUGUGCUUUAAUCACAGUCAAGACUAGUAAGGAAAGUUUCAGUAAUUUCUGAUAUGUAAACAUGCCAUUUACUUAAGGCUGAACUUGCAAUAU